AUGUCUGACGCGCACGUCGAAAACACGGACAUAUCGUCUAGCCCUGCGUUCCAUGCAUUGAACGACCUGUUCAACGAUGGUACGCUGACACAGGCCCAAGUCGACUUCUACAAGAGCAAGUAUGCUAAGCUGCAUGAAGAGAUUCUCAAGAUCUACCAGAACGAGAAGACGCUGCUUCCCAAGGCUAAGGAGCUGAAUGAAGAGCUGCGGAAGAAGAGGCUCGAAGCGGAGGAAAUCAUGGGGAAGGACCGGGAGGCGCACGAGGAGCUGGAGAGAACGAGGACGGAGUUCGCAAAGGCAGAGGCUGAAGUGGUCCUGUGCGAGGAGAGGGACGCGAUGCUGACGCUGGAGAUCGCGGAGCUGCAGAAGCAGAAGGAGGAGAUAGCACAGGAGAAGGAGACGCGGGAAAGGGAGGCCAUGGAGGCGUUGCGGCCGCGGAUCGAGGGGCUGGAGCAGCACAUCUCGCAGCUGACGUCGGAGAUCGAAGAGUCGAGCAAGCUUGCGCAGAAGCUGAAGGAGGAGAAGGCGGAGCUGGCUGAGAGGGCGUCGGGGCUCCAGGAGUCGAUCACGCAGCUGUCGGCGGACGUGGAGAACGAAAGGGCGGUGAUGAUGAAGGUGAGGGGGGAGCCGUCGAAGAUCAAGAAGCAGGCGGACCUGACAGAGAGCUCGCUGAACACGGUGACGGCUGAGCUGAAGUCAGUGAACUCAGUGAUGGAGGAGCUUGACAAGACGAUCAAGGAGCAGGCGGCGAAGAGAAAGACGCUCGAGGACGACAGAGACGAGCUGAGCCUUCUCAAGAGCAGGCACAACGACUCGAUCGAGCAGAAGAUGAGGAUCAAGCAGGAGCAGGAGCGAGACCUGGCUGAGCAGCUGAGCAGGAGGGACCACAUCCAGGAGGAGGCGCUGCAGCAGGACAUUACCAUGCGGGCGCUGCAGAUGGAGCAGAAGAGGGUCGGGGACUCGGUCUACAGGAUGCAGCGAGAGAAGGAGGAGACGGUAAAGCUCUUUCGCAAGGCCGAGCUGACGCUUGCGGCGUCCAAGGGGCUGGUGCCGAACCUCAAGUUCCAGCUGCAGGACUACCAGAGGUUGCUUGCCAACCAGCACAAGGAAAAGCGCGAUCAGCUGAAGAGGCUGGAGGAGCUGAACAGAGACAUUGACAUCUUCAUCAACGACUUUCUACAGGAGGAGGGGCUCGAGAAGGAGAAGGCAGCCGCCCUCGCCGCCCUCCUGCGCGAGAACAAGGAGCUCGAGGCCGAGUUUUCAAUGCUCAUGCAGCAGCAGCAGUCGCUGGAUCGUGAGACCUUCGAGCUGGGAGCCAAGAGGGAUAGCAAGGCGCGGGAGUACGCCAAGGCAGUGACGAGCAGGAAGGAGACAGAGGAGGAGAUCAAAGUGAAGGACAUCAUCAUCCUCGACCUCUCCAAGAGGUCGCAGAACCUCGCACAGCAGAUCAAGGAGCUCAAGGACCUCUACGAGCUUGUCAAGAACGAGAAGAACAAGACUGUCAACCUCAUCCAGACCAGCCAGCAGGCGCUGGCGGAGAUGAAGGAGAAGGUUGGGAUCCUGCAGAACGAAAUCGAGAUCCUCCAGAGCGAGACUUCGUCCAAGGACAAGGCUCUGACGGUAGAGCGGCAGGCGCUGGCGAAGGCGCUGGGGGAGAGGGACGCGGUCCGGUCGGAGGUGAACAAGUUGCUGUUCCUGUACAAGGACAAGCAGCAGACGGUGGACCAGAAGAUAUCAGAGAUCGAUAAGCUGAACAGCAUCAUUAACGUGGUCGAGAAGGACAUGGUGAGGCUGAAGAAGCAGUACGAGCAGGCGGUGGAGGAGAGGAACUACACUGGCAUCCAGCUCAUCGACAGGAACGACGAGCUCUGCAUCCUCUACGAAAAGAGCAACAUCCAGGAGCAGAUCCUGCGCAACGGUGAGCUCGAGCUCAACCAGAGGGAAGAAGAGCUGAGGGUUCUCGCCCUGGAGCUGGGCAAGUGCGAGUGGAUGUACAGCGUCACUACCAAGCUGCUCCCGCAGCUCCCGCGCGAGGAACUUAGCUACGAGCUCGAGUCUCCGAGCAACGAGUCGCGCUACCGGCUGCUGCAGGGCAAGGACCUCAGCAUCGAUGAGAUGCAGAAGAAAAUAACGCACCUGGAGGAUCGGCUCAACCUGAAGAAGGAGCAGCUGCUGGAGAAGGAGCUGGUGCUGGAGGAGGUAGGAGCACUGUCUGAGAGGCUGCGAAAUCAGGCGGUGGAGGGGAGGGAGGAGACGUUGGAUAUCGAGGUGGAAGAGUUGCACCAGGCGAAGAUGAAGUUGGAGCAAGGACUCCCUCCCACGGAGGAGGCGGAGAGAGAGUGGGAGAGGAUGCUGAGGAAGAAGGAGAUGAGGCAGGAGAUGAUCGCACGGCGACAGGAGGAGGUGCGGCAAAUGCAGGGGGAGCUCCAGACAACCGCCAUUCCUCGCCCCAACGCCUACAUGCCCGAGGACUUGGCGCUUCCUCGCCCCUACGGCGCCAUGGCGCCUUUCAAGCCAUCGGAGCCAGGGGCGAGCAUGCGGCACAUCGUCAAACCCCAGCCGAGAGAGAUCGAGAUCUGAGACAGAGCUUGCAAACAUGUUGCUCUACAUUCUUCGUUGUGGUCGUCUUUCAUCGUUCUUCGUCAUUCAUCGUUCUUGUUGUUGUUCUUUGAGAACGUAAUGGCGACGAUGAUGCGGGAGAUGGAGAUGAUUGUGAUGUGAUAUAUCAUCAUCUCAUUCUAUUGUUACUUUGAUCGCUCUCGAUCAAUCUUCUUGUCAAUUGCUUUCCAUCCAGUCGAAUUACAUCUUUUCUUUACUUUC